GGUGGAAUGGGAGAGGAAGAAGGGACGCCGAUAGUUGGUCUCAGAAAACACCAAGGGAUGGAAUGGGAGAGGAAGAAGGAACACCGAAAGUUGGCCUCAGAAAACACCAAGAGGUGGAAUGGGAGAGGAAGAAGGGACGCCGAUAGUUGGUCUCAGAAAACACCAAGAGGUGGAAUGGGAGAGGAAGAAGGGACGGCGAUAGUUGGUCUCAGAAAACACCCAAGAGAAUGGGAGAGUAAUAAAGAACACCGAAAGUUGGCCUCUGAAAACAAGAGGAGGUGGAAUGGAAGAAGGGGCGCCAAUAGUUGGUCUCAGAAAACACCAAGAGUUGGAAUGGGAGAGGAAGAAGGGACGCCGAUAGUUGGUCUCAGAAAACACCCAAGAGAACACAUACUCAGUGAGAGGAGCUCUUUAUUCUGCAAGUGGAAUGGGAGAGGAAGAAGGGACGCCCAUAGUUGGUCUCAGAAAACACCAAGAGUGAGAGGAGCUCUUUAUUCUGCAAGUGGAAUGGGAGAGGAAGAAGGGACGCCUAUAGUUGGUCUCAGAAAACACCAAGAGGUGAAACACAGAACACAUACUCAGUGAGAGGAGCUCUUUACUCUGCAAGUGGAAUGGGAGAGGAAGAAGGGACGCCGAUAGUUGGUCUCAGAAAACACCA